AUGACGGGCCCUCCGCCGUACAACGCCCAGUCCCCGACUCAGCAGCAGCGGUAUCCGGCCUACACAUCUCCGAAUAAGAACCAUCCGUAUUACCCAAGCAAUGAACAACCCCAGCCACCGCAGUACCACCAGCAUCCUCCGCAGACCCCACCCGCAUUUGGCCCAUCCUCCGUCGCGCGAAGCCCGCACUUUUCGCACGCGUCUCCAAUGCCGUCUACAUUGCCGCCGCCCUUGAAUGGGAGCGCGCCGCCUCACCCGUCUCACCCGGAGGCUUCGCAAUACCAGGGACAUUCGGCAUCUGGUUCUCAGCUGCCACUUCCGCGCCCUUACUCCAGCUCCGUGAUCACGGGCAACGGUGCCUCGCCGUACGGAUCUGCGACACCCCAUGGCCAUCCACCGAGUCGCCCCGAAGGUCAUUCGCAAUCUCCUAGUAGGGAGUCGGAAUCUCCAUAUCGCAUGCGAGGUAAUGGUGCUGGAUAUGGACCUCCCAUGAUGCGCGAGCCAAGACCGGUCUCGCCGCAGGAAGCUAAGCCCGCUAGAGCUGCAGACCCCAUGUCAUUCGCCAGUAUUCUUUCAGGCCCCUCCGAUGAGCAGCCUGUGAGAAAGCCAUCGCCUCUCCCGGCCCCCAUCUCCACCCACACGCCCACGCCGCAUGCUCCCCCCGUCUUUCCACACCGGCACCUCGACCACAGCUCCACGCCCGUAGCUAUGCAUCACAAACCCGAGCAUCGAUUUGACUUUGAUAAGCACGUCGAUGGCCCAAGAGCACCGCAGGCCACCAAUGGGUUCGUCAAGCCCGCUGCGGAAUAUCCUGCACCGGUUUCUCGUGCCCCUCUUCGGAAACCCUUCCCGCCCGGUGUGGACCUUGAACAGGUCAACCGGGCUGCAGCCGAGAUCGACCGCGCGGAGAAGAGCGACAUUGAAGAUCCUGCCUUUGACGCCGAACAGGAACGGUAUCGGGAGAAAAGCUACAAACGGUCGGUGGAAAGCAGCCGUGCAGAGGAAGUACGGAGAAAGCGUCGCCGCAACGAGUUCCUCAUCGAUCUAGGUAGAUCUUUCGAAAAACAAGCCAUCCUUGGCACCGAGAGGUUCCGAGUGCUCAAUGAGGGUGCCGUCAUGGCCGAAGUUCAACAAAAGGAGAUCCAGGAUGAAAAGGAACGGAAGAAAGACAUGCAGCGCAAGCGCCGUCGUGAGAACACUGUGCGCCAAGAAAUGCAAAAGAAGCUGGAGGCUGAGCGCAAGGCCAGCAAGGCCCAGGAACCUGGAGAAAGGGCCAAGUUCCUGCGCGAAGCCGAACGGGCCCAGAAGAAAAUCCGCACCACCAAGCGCGCUUUGGAGGGUGGUGAUGGGCAGGAUGAGCUCGGUGAGGUCACCCCGCUUGCUCCCAACCUUGAAGGCGGGACAACGAGUCAAUUCCACGUCGGCCGUUCCUCGCCCAGCCGACGCAGGUCCGGCCGCGCCGGCCCUGUCACCCGUCCUAAGAAGUCAAAGGAGCAGAAGCAGGCCGAGAAGGAUCUUGCCGAGGCAGCUUGGAAUGCUGGGUUGGACGACGACCUGUAUCUCACCCCAAGUACGAGAAAGGAUGCCCGACGUUCAAAGGAGGGUACUCCCAUGUCGCAGCUGCACUACGACAGCAAGGGCUACAACCAGAUCUACGAGCAGAUCUGGCGCGAUAUCGCGCGCAAGGAUAUUCCCAAGGUCUACCGCAUCAAAACUACCUCCUCUCCACUCGCCAGGAGAACUUGCGAGCGCACGAACAAGAGCACCAAGGAUACUCAAGCUCGCGCCAAGCGGACAAUGCGUGAAAUGAUGUCGUUCUGGAAGCGCAAUGAGCGUGAGGAACGCGACUUGCGCCGUGUGGCUGAGAAGCAGGAGCUUGAAUCAGCCAAGAAGGCAGAGGCGGACCGCGAAGCCAACCGACAGAAGCGCAAGCUCAACUUCCUUAUCUCGCAAACAGAGCUCUACUCCCACUUCAUCGGGCGCAAGAUCAAGACCGAUGAGGCCCAGGGAGACGGCGCUGUUGCCGCCACCGGAGAGACCGUUCAACCAGGCAAGCCAAACGCCCACACAGUCAAUCUUCCAGACAGUGUGGCCAACCCCAACGCCAAGACCACUGCAUUCGAGGACCUUGACUUUGAUGCUGAAGAUGAAACCGCGCUGCAGCAAGCUGCUAUGGCUAAUGCGCAAAACGCUGUGCAGGAAGCCCAGGACCGCGCCCGUGCCUUCAACCAAGGAGAGGGUGAUAAUAUGGCUGCGUUCGACGACGGAGAGAUGAACUUCCAGAAUCCGACUAGUCUGGGUGACAUUGAGAUUUCCCAGCCCACCAUGUUGAAUGCUCAGCUGAAAGAGUACCAGCUUAAGGGUCUUAACUGGCUUGUCAACUUGUACGAGCAGGGCAUCAACGGUAUCCUGGCAGAUGAGAUGGGUCUCGGUAAAACCAUCCAGUCCAUUUCUGUUAUGGCUUACUUGGCUGAGGUCCACAACAUCUGGGGUCCUUUCCUGGUCAUCGCGCCAGCAUCCACACUGCACAACUGGCAGCAGGAGAUUACCAAGUUCGUCCCGAACAUCAAGGUGCUUCCCUAUUGGGUCACCUCGUACCAACUUGUCGUUCUUGACGCACAGUACUUCCAGAAGGUGAAAUGGCAGUACAUGAUUCUUGACGAAGCUCAAGCUAUCAAGUCUUCUUCAAGUUCGCGAUGGAAGAACCUGCUGGGAUUCAGCUGUCGCAAUCGUCUUCUGUUGACGGGUACGCCGAUUCAAAAUAACAUGCAAGAGCUGUGGGCCCUACUUCACUUUAUCAUGCCAACUCUGUUCGACUCCCACGAUGAGUUCAGCGAGUGGUUCUCCAAGGAUAUCGAGUCGCACGCCCAAAGUAACACGAAGCUCAACGAGGAUCAGCUCAAGCGUCUUCACAUGAUCUUGAAACCUUUCAUGUUGCGUCGUGUCAAGAAGAACGUCCAGCAAGAACUCGGAGACAAGGUUGAGAAGGACAUCUUCUGCGACUUGACAUACCGGCAACGUGCCUUGUACUCCAACCUUCGUAACCGUGUCAGCAUCAUCGACCUCAUCGAAAAGGCUGCCACAGGCGACGACACUGACAGCAGCACACUGAUGAACUUGGUUAUGCAAUUCCGCAAAGUCUGUAACCACCCCGAUCUCUUCGAACGCGCCGAAACCAAAUCUCCCUUCUCCACUGCGUACUUUGCGGAAACCGCUUCCUUCGUUCGUGAAGGGAACUUUGUCGAUGUCCGCUAUUCGACCCGCAACUUGAUCGAAUACGAGUUGCCACGCCUCCUGUGCAGCUCUACAGGACGACUUGACCUUCCCGGUUCCGAUAAUCCUCGCGUGGGCUUCCAAAACAAGUACCUAUCCCAGCUGAUGAAUGUCUGGACCCCAGAAAACAUCCACAAGAGCGCACGUGAAAAUGGCGCGUUCUCUUUCUUGCGUUUCGUCGACACUUCCGCAGGAGAAGCAAGCGAGAUGGCACGACUUGGUGUCUACGAGCGCGCAGAACAUCGUCGCAGCAAGCCAAACAGGCUUUCUGCCUUGAAUGUCCUCUAUGAUGAGAGUGAUGAUUCAAAGAACUCUGUCCUGUCUCAUUCGAUGUUGAAUAUUGUCGAUCGUAAUGAUCGCCAGGCUGUUCGAGAAAUCGCUGUUGAGGGCCGAAUGAAAGCCCUUAUGAACGUUUCAAGAUCCUCAUUUGAAGAUCAAGGCCUUCACGUAAUCGAGCCUUGUGCUGCUCCGAAGGCUUCUGCGCCCCCCAUCACCAUGUCCUCUUCUGGCCAACAGGUACACCGGGAAUCCCACCACGCUUUGUUCAAUCCAUCUGUUCGGCAAGCUCUGUCUGGAUACUCUAGCAGGCAGGUUGAGGAGCAGAUCCUCAUCAAGAAGCUCGAUCCUGCGCCUUAUUCUCAUGCUCCUAUGCUGCCGCCACCAAUGUCACUCAAGGGCCGCUACAACCACAUCGAGGUACCGUCUAUGCGUCGUUUCGUGACAGAUUCAGGCAAACUGGCCAAAUUGGACCAGCUGCUGCGGGAGCUCAAGCCCGGUGGCCACCGCGUGCUCCUGUACUUCCAGAUGACACGCAUGAUCGAUCUGAUGGAAGAGUACUUGACAUACCGGAAUUACAAGUACUGCCGACUGGACGGAAGUACCAAGCUGGAAGACCGCCGCGACACUGUCGCAGACUUCCAGUCCAACCCGGAGAUCUUCGUCUUCUUGCUGUCGACCCGUGCCGGUGGUCUUGGUAUCAACCUGACGGCAGCGGACACUGUCAUCUUCUACGACUCCGAUUGGAAUCCUACUAUCGAUUCCCAGGCCAUGGAUCGUGCCCAUCGUUUGGGCCAAACUCGCCAGGUAACUGUCUACCGUCUUAUCACCCGCGGUACCAUCGAAGAACGCAUCCGCAAGCGUGCCUUGCAGAAAGAAGAGGUGCAGCGUGUUGUCAUUACUGGCGGUGCUGCUGGCGGUGUGGACUUCAAUACCCGUGCUCGGGAGAACCGCACUAAGGACAUUGCCCUGUGGCUUGCCGACGAUGACGAAGCGGAACUCAUUGAGCAAAAGGAGAAGGAAGCCAUCGAACGUGGUGAGACCCUUGGCGCUAAGGGCGGGAAGAAGGCCGCUCAGAAACGCAAGCGGGAUCUUACGCUGGAUGACAUGUAUCAUGAAGGCGAGGGUAACUUUGACGACGCCAGCGCCAAACCCUCAGGGGCUGCUACUCCCGCCGAGGAGCCUAUCGAGACCCCUUCGUCGACGCCUGCGAAGCGCGGGCGCGGCCGUGGUGGCGGCAAAGGCACGUCAAAACGAGCCAAGACCACGAAAGAGCGUCUUCGUCUGAUUGACGGCGACGGCGGCCUCGAUAUUUAA